CUGAAACUGAAGACUGUCAGCGCGAAUUUUGCUGUUCACGAGACUUCAUGGUCAACGAUUUUUAAAAUGAGGACAUAACCAUCGUAAAUCGCGUUGCUAUAUAGUGUGUCAUGGCACGAAGUUUUUGGCGCAGUUCAAACUAGUAAGUCUUGCCAUUCUCUGUUAGCUCAUCAGAAUUAACUCCUUUAUUAUUGAGUAAUUAACACAUUACCGCUUAUUUCCGUAUUUGACUUUCUACAUACGUCAAAUCAGUAUAUCCUACUGCUUGACAAUACUAUCUGUAACAGAUAUUUCUAGCUUAUAUAAGCUACAUUUAAUGGAGAUGCAAAUAAGGAUACAAUGAGAAUGUCCAUUACAAUGUUCAGUGAUUGGUGAUUAGAGUGAAACUAAACAACUCAUACUUCAUCGUUUGAAUGGAAGCUACUUUUUUAUAUACUCCAACAGUUCUCAUUCGAUAAAUUCACACUGGAUUAAGGAAGAAUGCAAACAAAAGCCCUUACACAUUGCUUACUUUCAACAACCACGUCUCCUAGCUGUACAUUGCAAAAUAGGUUAUGAGAGAAGUUACCUACUUACAGGAAAAUAUCUUUCCUAUUCAUACUUAUUCUUUAAUUUACAGUUUAGAGUGGUUAUUGGAUCGUCAAGAUGUAAUGAUCCAUAGAGCGAAUGAUUUAAAAAUUCUUGGUAGCGAAGAAGAAUAUCAGAAAGUAAUGCUUUUCUUUACUGAUGUCAUUCAAGCAUUUGGCAAAAGCGUUGAAGUCCGUCAACAAGUAAUUGCAACCGCUUUAGUAUAUUUCAAAAGAUUUUACAGUCGCAAUUCAUUUAAGACUAUCGACCCAUGGUUAAUGGCUCCAUCGUGUCUGUUUUUAGCAUCUAAAGUUGAGGAAUUUGGUGUAGUUUCUCAAAAAAAUCUAAUGACAUCAUGUCGUAAUGUGGUUCAUAGUCAUUAUUUAAUCUAUUUUCCUGAUGGUUACGGUUAUCCAUAUCGUGCUCAAGAUGUAUUGGAAUGUGAAUUUAUUUUACUUGAAGCAAUGGAUUGUUCAUUAGUCGUCUUUCAUCCUUAUCGUCCAUUGGUACAGUUUUGUGAUGAACUUCGCCCUCAAAUGCAUGAGUAUGCUGACGUACUGUUAGAGCGUGCUUGGUGGCUAGUAAAUGAUAGUUUUCGAACAGACGUGUGCCUGCAUUAUCCUCCCUAUAUAAUUGCUCUAGGUUGUCUACAACUGGCUGUUGUGAUUAUUUCAAGUAAUCCUGACCUAUUAAUCGGCUCCGUCAAUAUCAGUUCAUCAUCAUUUAUGAAUUCCAGUCUAUCUAUUUCAUCAAAUAAACAUGGUUAUUUUGGGCACCAAACCCAAUCAACUGUUAAUCCUUCAUUAGUUGCUGAUCGUUGGUUCAGUGAAUUAAAUGUAGAUAUGGAAAGAGUGUUGGAAAUUUCUCGUCAUCUACUUAGUUUGUAUGAUUUAUGGCGUCGUUUCGAUGAACUUGCUGAAAUGCCUAACAUAUUAUUAAAAAAACUUCCACGUCCUGUCAUUCAAUCGCCACAUACUUCACAAAAUUACCAAUCUGGCAAUUCUGUUAAUCCAACGGGUUGUAAUAGUACGUCUGCAACUCAAUCAUCUAAUCUAUCUAGUGGGACACAACAACAAACUCAUGGUGGAUCAAUGGUUGUUCCAUCGGGUACAGGUGCUGUUGGUACAGGAAGUAGUGGUGCUACGGGGACUGUUGGUAGUAUACAUAAUAUGCCGGAUCACCAAACUCAACAACAACAAAGAUCAAUGACGUCAUCUAGCCAACCACGUAUGCAUCCACAAGGUGGUGGAAUGCAGCAUAUGGGAGUUAGGUAGAUGGAUAAGAACAAAGCGAUUAUGGCUGCAUAUCUGUAUAAAACUUUGGAAGUAUAUACUUAUAUAUAUUCAGUUCUAUAUACACAAAUAAUAUAUAUUCCCUGGUUUAUUUCUGCUGAAUGUAUUUGUGUGGGUUAACCAAAGCUUUCACGUGUUAAUUUUGAACGAACAUGUCCUUUUAGCAAUGUAUCAGUAUAUCAGGUCAGCUGGAAUAAAUACUUUUC